AUGGAGGAUGUAGGAGGGGUGUUUGGAGCCGUGAACAUGGAGGAAGUAAGAAGGAAAUUAGAGCAUCGGGCUCUUUGGGCACUUAAAACCGUGAAUUUGGAUCUAACCGAAGCCGCUAGAAAAAGGUUCUUUCAAAUUCAUGAAUUGGAAGCUCUUCGUGAUGCCGCAUACGAUCGUUCAUGGAGUAUUAAAGAAAAGUCAAAGGCUUUGCAUGAUAGGAAAUUGCGGAAGUUGAAGGAAUUUCGAGUUGGUGAUAAAGUGCUUUUGUUCAAUUCAAGAUUGAAGUUGAUUGCCGGAAAAUUGAAGUCAAGAUGGCCCGGGCCGUAUGUUGCGAAUGAGGUAUUCCCAUACGGUACCAUGGAGUUGCUUAACGAAGAUACUAAGAACUCAUGGAAAGUCAACGGACAUCGUUUGAAACACUACCUAGGGGGUCCCAUCGACACCGCCGAAGAGGAAGACGUUCCUCUUACGUUCCCACCUAGCACCGCCACAUAG